CCAAAUCGGCUUUAUUUCUCUCGGCCGGUUGAGUUCCAAUUUUCAAUCAAAGCUGGGCUGUUUCCGGUCACCCCUACCCUCCCUUACCGGCGUUCUUCCCACGCUAACUUCUUCUCUUUUCAAUUCAAUUUUACAACCAACCCAAUUCCCUUAAUUCCCCAAAUUCUCUCUUAAUUCUGUGUAAUUCUCAAUAGUUCUAUCCAUUAUCUUCUCGCUUUCCAGCUCCAAUGUCGACAUUUUCAUCUCUUACUAAUAUUGCUCAAAACCCAAAUCCUAAUAAAUCAUAUGAGGUUCCUCAACCACCCUCUGAUUCAGUUUCUAGCUUGAAUUUUAGUCCCAAAGCCAAUCAUCUUAUUGCGACUUCAUGGGAUAAUCAGGUGCGUUGUUGGGAGAUAAUGCAGAGUGGAACAAACAUUAGUAGUACACCGAAAGCAGCCAUAUCUCAUGAUCAACCGGUUUUGUGCUCAGCUUGGAAAGAUGAUGGCACAACCGUCUUUUCAGGAGGCUGUGACAAACAGGUGAAAAUGUGGCCUUUAUUGUCUGGUGGCCAACCAAUUACAGUAGCUAUGCAUGAUGCACCUAUCAAAGAGAUGGCCUGGAUUCCUGAAAUGAACGUUCUGGCUACUGGGAGCUGGGACAAAACAAUCAAGUAUUGGGACACUAGGCAGCCAAAUCCAGUCCAUACCCAACAACUGCCAGAGCGCUGCUAUUCAUUGACAGUGCGACAUCCUCUUAUGGUUGUCGGAACGGCAGAUAGAAACCUCAUUGUGUUCAAUUUGCAAAACCCUCAGACUGAAUUUAAAAGGAUAAUGUCACCGCUAAAAUACCAGACAAGGUGUCUUGCUGCAUUUCCUGAUAAGCAGGGGUUUCUGGUUGGAUCAAUAGAAGGACGAGUUGGAGUUCAUCAUCUGGAUGAUUCACUACAAAGCAAGAAUUUCACUUUCAAAUGUCACAGAGAAAGCAAUGAGAUUUACUCUGUCAACUCUUUGAACUUCCACCCUAUACAUGGAACCUUUGCUACCGCAGGAUCUGAUGGUGCUUUUAAUUUUUGGGACAAGGACAGUAAACAGAGAUUGAAGGCCAUGUCAAGAUGCAGUCAGCCGAUACCGUGUAGUACUUUUAACAAUGAUGGAUCCUUAUUUGCAUAUGCGUCCUGCUAUGACUGGAGUAAGGGUGCUGAGAACCAUAACCCAGCAACUGCAAAGACCUACAUUUUUAUACACUUGCCACAGGAAUCUGAGGUGAAAGGAAAGCCAAGGGUUGGCAGCACUGGUCGUCGUUGAAGUCCUGUGGAUAGAGCUUUGGUUGCUGUUUCCGAGCAAUGUAAAUAACUAGUUUGGAUAUAUUUCUCUUUCAAGUAGCUGAAUUUUGAUGGUCUGGGACUAGGAUACUGAUAGUUGUUGGGCGUCCUAUGUAAAAUCUACGCGUUCUUUGGACAUCAUCUCGAACAUCUACCUUCCUGUUUAUAGUCGUAUGUUAUUCCGAAUCAUUUCAUAGAUCCCGUUUGAAGGAGACUGCGGGCAGUUCAGCGCUUCGCAAAGUUACUUAGACAUGGAAACUUUUAGUUUGUGAAUCUUGUCAAUAUUUAGUGAAGUAGAUUUGAAUGGUUCUUAGAGUGCAAGGCAAAGCCAUUACCACAAAAAUAUGCUUAUGCAAGUCAUGGCUUGUGACAUCUAAUUGGUGCUUGUUGGACUUCAAAA